GAAUCAUCAUCAGUUGGCCGUGAGAAACCUACGCGAUUAGAGGAAGCCGAUGCCGUGUCGGUGGCGGGAAGUCGGUCAGUGACUCGCUCGAACGUCGUCGGUCUGCGGGCGUACGAGUGAAAAAGUGUGAAACACUUAGUGCCAGUGAUAGAUUGCAGUGUCGACUUCGCGUUGUUACCGGGUUCGAGCCGCAAGCCGCCUCUGCGUCGGUCUUACUUCGUUCUCAUGUUCGCGGGUAGUGGCGGCGGCUCGCCCCGCAUCAUCGGUAAUCCCGGGGGGAGUCAUCCGCAUCCGUAGGUAUUGUGUUGUAUCUUGGCGCCGGAAAAAUGGCGGAAAGAAACAAGGUAACGACCCCGGCCGCCCGCCCCGUCCCCAUGAAGCUCUUUGCUACGUGGGAAGUCGAUCGCACGCCGCCCAACUGCAUACCGAGACUUUGUUCAUUGACACUGAGCCGGUUGGUUCUUCUGCGACCGUUGGGUGCAGAUCUGGCGUCGAUUAGUCUAGCCGUUAAAAUGCAGAGUUCAAAGAGAACACUCAGAUCUAACGAGAUAGCCGUACCGGCUACCGGUAUGUUGGACACUGAGCUGGAACUUCAGUUCGCCCUACAGUAUCCCCAUUUCCUCAAAAGGGAUGGAAACAAGCUCUUGAUACUUUUGCAAAGACGUAAGAGGUACAAGAACAGAACAAUGCUUGGGUAUAAAACCCUUGCCGAAGGAAUCAUCAACAUGGCACAGGUUCUGCAGAAGCAGAUGGACCUCGAGCUCGAGCUCAUUUCUGACAAGUCGGAAAAGUAUGGCGGUCAUUCCGUUGUUCUCGCCAAGGUUAGCGUUGUCGCGCUGAGUUCGCAGCCUGUCGACCACGACAAGAGGCUCUUGAACGAUCCUAGCGAAAGACUGGGUACCGAGUUCAGCGAUGACGAGGAAGAAUUUAGCUCCGAAGGAGAGGCUGAAGGCAGCGACAGCGAACCCACCCUGGAAGUACACAGGAGAAAGAGUAGAGCGAAAAUACCCGCCAAUGCCAGGCAAAGAAACUUGAAGCAGAAAUUCAUUGCACUACUGAAAAGGUUCAGAGUUUCCGAGGAACUGGAACACGACCAGGAAGAGAUCGGGCAAAAACUUUCAGGCGGCGACAUGGAAAUCGAGGAGUUGUUUGACGAGCUGGAAGAUUUGUCUGACAGCGGACCAGAGCUUGACACAAUGUCAGUCAGCAGCACUCCAAAGCCAUCAUUAAGGCCGUUCUUCAGCUCUAGUCGAUCUCUUUUGGCGCCGAUGCAUACAGUAGUAACCGGCGAGGAAAUCGGUACCAACUCCGCUAACGCCGUAGCUCAACCUCAUUCCUGUCUGGCUACCAAAGAGAAGAAUCGUAUCGGACACACUACCCCAGAACGCGGGGUCGACCGACUUAGCGACGACAGUUCGAGGAGGGCAGACAGCGAUUCGCAUCCGGAAAACUGGACGGAUCACGAAGCUAACGAUGCGCCACAGGCGGUCGCCGGAUCACCGCCAAAAUCCAGCUCAGAUCAUACAAACAAAAACGAAGGCGCUGACAGAAGAAGCAGACUUUUUGCCAGGGAUCGGGGAACGCCGGGAAGUAACAAGUCCAAGAAACACAGUCUCAGCGUCGACCUCAAACCAGCCACCGACAUGAACAACGCCGAGCCGAGAAAGGCCCUCGUUGAACAAUUGGGUCGAGUUCUGCCUGACGACAGUCUUCCAGAGUCCGUGUCGCUCGUUUCUCUGGCCGAUCCUGGUGGUGCGGUUCUGGCUGCUCGGCUUCAGGAGCGAAAUCAGCGCGUUUUGACCACCGCAUCGCCAGCUGACAUCAGAGCGACGUUCACCUGCCUCGUUGCUCGCAUUCAAAAAUUCUGCAACAGCUCCGCUAAACCGCCGGCUCCUAUUAAGGUGGUUAUAGCGGGCGGUGACAGCUUCGUUAACGCUGUGCUUCGCCACUACGUCGAUCUCCUCAGCUUCAGGCCACCCGACUGGCAAAAUUAUCUCAGAUUCCUCGUCGUUCCCCUCGGCUCCAACACCCUAGCAAGGUAUCUCUGCUCCGUCGAUUCAAGGUACUCGAUGUUGUUUGGUGAGGAGUGGAGAGAAAUCAUGGAACGCGAGGGCGGAGGCGCCACCGAAGGCGCUGCAAGGGUCACGGAAUAUUUGGCCACCUGUGGACCGCUCCUGUCUCUUCCCAUUGCCGAGGCGAUGGUGACUUACAGGGAAACCGACGACAGCAGCCAGAUAUUCAUACCGUUUGUGAACGACGUUCGAGUCGGCUGUCCAGACAGUAGUGCGUCGGCUUCCGUCGACCUGGAAGAGGCGAUGGCUGUGUCUGGUUCCCCGCCUUCGCUGCCUCCCCCGGGUUUGCCAGUUCCACCUCCCAGUCGACUGACCCCUCCGAGCAGCCCGAACGUUGGCCAGCCGAGAGACGGUUGGGAGCCGGUCGAGCUGCAACUGGAUUACUGGGGAAAACAAACCAUAGGAGAUAAGGGAAAAAUCACUCUGAGGCAGGCGUUCAGGGCGCUUCACGUCCAGAGGUUACCUCCGCUUGGCGAAAACCCUGGACAUCAUAUGUCGAUGAAUUACACGACGAAGGAGAAGAAGCAGAAAAUAAUGAGACUGGGAAAGAAGAAGGAGAAGGAGAAGGAAAAUGAGCCAAAAAGUCAGACCGUCGAAGGUGUGGCGCGACUGAUAUGCUCGGCAAAAACCCACAACAUUCCAUUGAAAGUCAGUAUAGACGGCACCGAAUGGUACGGCGUAAAAUUCUUUCAACUGUCGGCGCAGUGGCAGACUCAUAUCAAGACGUUCCCUGUAUCGUUAUUGGCCUACAACGUACAGCAACAGUCCCUAAAUAUCACAUAAACCUUGCAAUUGACACGAGUAAAGUUCGACUUUGACAUGUGCAGCUUACAGUGAAUUUGACCCUGAUCGGUUAGUAAGUACUGAUUUCCUCGUUUCUUUCAUUAUUGGUAUUUAGUCUAUACAUGCAUUACGUUUAUUUUCUUCACUUUUACUUUAUAUCACAUAUGUUAUACAUUUUACCGCGUUACGAGGAUUACUAUCUUAUAAACUGAGUAGAAAAACGAUUUACUAAUCGUAUAUGUAAGUAGUAUCAAACUUUUUAUUCCAAAUUUAUAAUUGUUUCGUACUUAUGACUGCGAUACGCCAAAUCAUAUCCGUCGAGUUGUAAGAAAAAUACAACCGCCUCGAUUAAUAUCGAAUAAUUUAAUCACUGUAUCACCUUUACAGCCAUAUAGUUUUCUUCAAAGUGCAAUAAUUCUAGAAAGAUUUGAUCUUUCGGCGAAAAUCUUUCCGAUGAAUCAAAUUUAUCUACGACGUGUUCUGCCCUUUCCAUUUAAGAAGAAGAAAAAAGAAAGAAAACAAAAUACCUUUUCCUUUUUUUUUUCUCAUAUUUUUUUAUCUCGAUAUCUUUACAGCAGCGGAAAACAAGACUUCCGGCAAUAUGUUUAUCAUUGAUAGUCGGCAGGAAUCGAACAACAUAUCAUUAUAUUGCUUGACAAAUAAUCAAGAUUCAUUGACGUUGCGUCGUUUGACAUUUGACAUAAAAUGAAACUAUUCUUUUGCCAAUAAGCAUACAACAUAUUUCUUUUAAAAAUAUAACAAACACACGUGUGUGCGUUUAACAGGAUUUGAAAAUUUUUUUCCUCUCGCUGGAGAUAAACACUUAAUUAUUUUUUUUUUUUCGUUUAUUCAUUUACUUGUCACCUAAUUAUCUAAACAAACCCAAAUUCAGCACAAGGUCGUUUAACAAGAAAUUGCAAUUCUUUUUAAAUGUUAAUUAAUUCACUGAGGGAAAUGAAACCGAGUUGUCUGAAGAACUGAUCAUUCUAAUCAUACUUCACCAGGCUGUCGUAUGUACAUAUUUUAUUUUUUUUUCUUGUCUUUUCUUACUUUAUUGACUACUGUUUUCUAGAUUUGAGAUGUGCGUGCAACAAGACUCAAGCUUUAUUCACAUACUUUCUCUCUCUUCCAUCUUUUCCAUUCUCUCGUUUCUUUCCACAUUGACGAUGAACAAAGGAUAUUUUUUUAAACGACGCAGAAAUUUUCUUUCUUUUUCUUUAUUCUACCAAUGAUUCAAUGAUUGCAUAAAAUUAUAUAUAUAUACUAUCUAUAUGUAUAUAUAUAUAUAUAUUCAUAUUUUUUAUAUUCUUGACUCCCUUCUCAUAUUAUUAUUGUUGUUGGUUUUAGUGUUGUUAUUGUUAUUAUUAUUAUUUCCUUUUAUUUGUCCAAAUUUCUCGACUGUUCGUUAAAUGCCAAAGUCCAUAUGACAAUGACAACAACUUUUCAAUGGUUAAAGUUUUUUUUUUUUAUUCACCUUUCACUCAUUAAAAAUCAAGGAAUACGCAUGGCGUUGUAAUUAUUUACCAAACAAACAAAACACAAAAAAAAGAUAGAAUUAGCAAGUCGGACAAGUCCUUUCGUCAUUCGUUGUGCUGGCGGUAAAAUUCCUCGCGGUACUUCUUCGCACAUACAUUGUAUUAUUAUGUAUAAUUUCAUGAUCUUUGUAUUAUUAUUCUUAUAGAAAAGGGAGAGAAAAAUACUCACAGACUUUUUUGUAAUCGAAUAAUUUGGUAAUUUUAUACCGCGGAGAUAAGAACAACUGACGAGUAUAUCGUAACAGGCAAAUAAUUGUAUCAUUGAAAUUUCUUUUAUUCUUUACUGUUUUUUUUUUCUUUUUUUUUUUUUUUUUUCUUUCUCCUUCUCUCCUCUUACUUGCACAAUAUUUCAUCACGCUGUCGAGCGAGAGCAACGCACACGCAAACACACAUGAUAUAAUUUUAAGAAAUAAUUCAGUGACGGAAAUUUUUGCAGUCAUUAAUACGUUUUACAUGUCUAGAAAAAACUUGAUACACGCUGUUGUCGUUACAUUAUUUUCAUCGCCAUUGACCCCAAGUUCUAAAGCUGUACGCUUUUUAUCGUACAUAUGUAUUGCUAAUGCAUCUUAUUGUCAUCGGAUAUCUACUAGAGAGAUACAUGAUAUACUAUUAUAAUAUCAUACUUGGCAAUAUCCUCCGUUUUUAAUUGUAAAUUUAAUUUUGAAGCAAAAGCCACAUUUUUAUUAAUGCGAUAACGAAGAAUAUUAAUAAAUCAAGAUACGAUGAAAAUUUUUGGAUGGAAAUCGUGCAUAUAUGUAUAUACGGAGUAGUAUCUCGUAUAUCUCGUAUAUAAAACGUGUAUAUAUAGGUAUGUAUUUCGGAGAUUAUAAUACACACAAUAGACAGUAUUUUAUGCGAUAUUAUUUACAUACAUGUGCGAUUUUUCGUUUUUCGUUGAUGGUUUAUUUUCAUUAUUAUUGGUAUUAUUAUUACUACUACUAUUAUUAUUAUUAUUUAAACGAAAAGUUCCUCACCUUUUUGUUAAGCCUCUUUCUUUUUGCUUCUUUAAUUAUUAGUCACUGUUUUGUUCCUACUUCCAUCGCGUCAUUUCCAUUUUGUGAGACAAUUUUUCUAUCAUUUCAUUCUCCUACUACAAAGUACGCAGCUAUAAACAAAAUACACGUUAAGGAGAACUUUUAUUGUAACAAGUAACUCGUGGCUCGUGUCAGAUUAUAAAUUUAUAUAAUCGUUGAAAAUAUAUCCGAGGAAAAUUGCAGAGUUAUGAAAUAAAUAUAUCAAUAUUGUACAUGUAUAUACAGAGACAUACAUAUGUAUAAGAUGAAUUAUUAUGUACUACGCUACGAUGAGUCUGCGGGUGGAAAAUUGACUGUCCAAGAUAUCGUUGAAUUGAGAUUGUCAUCUAUAACGACUAGAUGUGUAAGAGUUAAUAUAACGAAUGAAAACAUUCCUGGAACGUGACGAAUCUGAAUCUUUAUCGAAAUGCGUAGUGCGAUUGAAUUUCUCUCUGCGAUGUAUCCGUGAACGUAAUUAUUAUAAAAUUGUCGCACAGUCGAAAUGUUCAAAGCUCAGAUAACGAGAUAGAAAAUAGAAAAAAAAUAAAAGAAGCUAGAGCUAGAGUUAAAAAACGCAAGUAGACGAAUGAAUAGAAAUUAACGCAGAUAUAACGCAGAUGCCAAAAGCUCAAUUGUUACAAUAAUUAAAGGGGGAAAAAAAAAAACUAAUAGAAUCGAAAAGAGAAGGAACAUAGAACGGAUUUAAAAUCUGGAUCAUAAAUUGAUCCUGUAGAAAAGUUUCAAUUUUGAUAAUAUCAGGGCAAUAUAUACAUUGUUAUACGUGUAAAAUUUAAAAGGAAGAUUGGAAUUAUCAGUCGAUAUUACGAUUAAAAUAUGUCUUUAUUCAGCUGCUUAAUCGCAAAAAGAAAUUGAGACGGUAGAAAUAAAUUUGACGGUACGUAUCGACGCUCUGAUUCUCAUUUCGUUAAACUUCGGAUCAAUUCAUACGAGACAUAACAAUACAAUGUCGAUGUAUAAAUAAGGGGUAGCGAACAAAAUCAACUUUCUUCCAAAUCGAGGGACAUUUUUUUUUUUUUUCUUCUUUCUGAAAUUUACAAUAUCUUUCGGAGUAAUAUAAUUAUCAUUUGAUAUGUGUGAGUAAAAAAAGUAAACUUGAAAUUUACAUGUAACGUAACGAACGAUGAAAAGAUCGAGAAAGAAGUUGAUUCAAUUUUCUGCGCCCUGGUUUUCAUAAUACGUAUAUUGUAAUUGAUAAAUAUUAAACAUACCUAUACAUGUGAUAUAGUAUUAUAUUAUUACUACUACCACCACUACUAUUGAACGUUAUAUAUAUAUAUAUAUAUAUUUGGUAUAGGAUAUCACGUAUUGUUAUACCUAUACCACCGAAGUUAUUCAAUAGAAUAGAAAUAAUUAUUGUGCCCCUCGUUACUUAUCUCUCAACCGGUUGUUGUUGUUGUUCAUUUCUGUAGGGAUCAAUUUCAAAAAUUUUUCAUUAUCUCCCCUGGCGAACAGAAUGAUUACGUGUAUGAUAAUGAAAUGAAAUUAAACUGGUUCAAGUACACAAA